AUUUUUCAUUUUUACAAGGAUUGUGGAGAGUGUGGGUGAAGGAGUGACAGAGUUUGCACAAGGAGACCAUGUCCUCACAUUGUUCACUGGGGAGUGCGCAAAGUGCAAGCAUUGCAUCUCGGGGAAAAGCAAUGUUUGUCAAGUUCUCGGACUAGAACACAGAGGAGUCAUGCACAGUGACCAAAAGACGCGCUUCUUUCUAAAGGGGAAACAAGUGUAUCAUUAUUGUGCAGUUUCAAGUCUCAGUGAGUACACGGUUGUCCACUCUGGUUGUGCUGUCAAGGUUAAUCCUGUUGCUCCCCUUGAGAAGCUCUGCAUCCUCAGUUGUGGUGCUGCUGCAGGUCUUGGAGCAGCAUGGAAAGUGGCUAAUGUUCCUCAAGGAUCAAAAGUUGCUAUUUUUGGUCUUGGAACUGUGGGCCUUUGCGUAGCCCAAGGUGCCAGACUACGGGGAGCUUCUCAAAUAAUUGGUGUGGACACUAAUCCACAAAAGAAGGAAAUAGGCAAGGGAUUCGGAGUAACAGACUUUCUAAACCCAAAUGACACUGGUGAACCUAUUCAAGAGGUGAUAAAACGAAUGACAGAUGGAGGUGCAGACUUCUGUUUCGAAUGUAUAGGAGACACAGACAUGGUGACCACUGCUUUGCAGUCUUGCUGCGAUGGAUGGGGCUUGACCGUAACUCUUGGAGUCCCAAAGACAAAGCCGGAAAUAAGUGGCCACUUUCGGUUUUUUCUUGCUGGCAGAAAAUUGACAGGAUCUCUUUUUGGCGGCUGGAAACCUAAGUCUGACAUCCCAUCAUUAGUUGACAUGUACCUUAACAAGGAAAUCCAGAUUGAUGAGCUGAUAACCCACAAUCUGCCAUUUGAGGACAUAAACAAAGCGUUCCAUUUGAUGAUGCAAGGCAAAUGUUUGCGCUGUGUUAUACACAUGAAUCCCAACCAAGUAACUUGACCCUUUUACCCUCUCUUUUUUCCUGGAUAAAAAGUCUUAAUUUAGGGCAUGGAUUGGAUUUGGUACUCUUUAUAGCAAUGUUAUUAAACCCGGACUGGCCAGUCGAACCGUGACCCGGUUACGUAACCGGUCUGGUCCAGCCCCCCCCCCCAAAACCCGCAAAUACCCGGAAAAAACCGGGUUGACCCAGAAAAAAACUUGGACCCGAUCUCUUCGGCGGUUUGACAUCCGGUCCGGGUUUAAAAUCAUUGUUUUAUAGUUAGUGGCCACAUGCCUACAUCUUAUAUGUGUACUCGACUAAAAUAAAAUGGCAUUAUUUGUGCAAGUCAACGGUUAUUGCCCGUUUGUAGGAGUUAUUUGAAUGAAAUUGAUGAAUCCUUUGAAUUUCCAAAGGCUGCGUUUGAGUGGAGCCGUGGAGGAAUUUAGCAUAUUAAAUGUAACUUAUAAAUGUGCAUACACUAAUUUUAUACACUAAUAUUCACUCUUUGAGUAUGUAAUAAACAUAAUUGGAUGUU